UUCCUUCACUUCACUGCUGAUCGUGCAGACUGCGGCUGCUGUCGUCUGCCUUACUUUACAUCACUGCUACAUCAGAGGAAUGACCUUUAUACAGCAGACCGCCUGAAGACCUGCACCCUCCUGGACUAACACAUGGACACACACACGUCCUGACAGCAUGGGCUCCAGACUGAAACCUAACCCUGAGCAAACCUUCUACUGGUUCUUUGAAGCAGCAUGUCCUGUAGCCAGAGACAAAGAUCCUGGUGUACUGUUUCAGUUUCCCGAGGAUUUCAGUGAUGAGGAGUGCUGUCAAACAUUACCCAGAUUCUGCUUCCCCUAUGACAUACAAAGAGUGAGGGAGGGAGUGGCCGUGCAGAACUUUACUUUUGUUUUGACUGACAUAGAGGGAUGCCAGCGGUUUGGAUUCUGUCGGCUCACCAACAGCACAAACACCUGCCUUUGCAUACUCAGCUACCUUCCCUGGUUUGAAGUGUUUUACAAACUUCUCAACAACUUGGCUGACUACCUCACAAAAGGACAGACCAAUGAGAUGAAAGCGCUCUUGGCUGCACUCUACAAGCAGCCUGUACCGCUUGUACCAGGAUCUGUCACUCUGCAGAUGGGAGAGCAGCUUUUGGUCAGCACAGAGGUGUCCCAUCCUGUUGGACCCCAAGAGGAACAAGAGGGGGUUCCUUACUUCAUCGCUCCAGACCCCAGAAGUCUCCCUUCCAUCCCUGAAAAUAGGAACCUGACUGAGCUGAUUGUGGCCGUUGAUGUGGGGAACCUGCUUCAGCUCUACGCCAGCAUACUGUUUGAGAGGCGCAUUCUCAUCUUGGCCAGCAAACUGAGCACUCUGACGUCUUGUGUGCACGCACUCAGUGCCGUGUUAUAUCCCAUGUACUGGCAACACAUCUUCAUCCCUGUGCUGCCCCCCCACCUACUGGACUACUGCUGUGCACCUAUGCCUUAUCUAAUAGGGGUCCAUACCAGUCUAUCUGAGAGGGUGAGGAGUCGGGGGCUGGAGGAAGUUGUAAUUCUUAAUGUGGACACAAACACUCUGGAAACCCCCUUUGAUGACCUGAAGAAGAUACCUUCAGAUGUGAUGUCUGGACUGAAGGUGUGUUUGAAGCGCCAGGCAUUGAUUGCUGGCUGUGGUGUGUCCGAGGCCUUCCUGAAAGCUCAGGCUCUGCUGUUUGGAGGCUACAGGGACGCGAUGCAGUGUCACGAGGAGGGUGACGUGUGGUUCAAUGAGGAGCUGUUUCUAGAUCACAAGUCUUCCAGCAUGAGACAGUUCUUCCAGAGUGCUGUUCAUCUACAGUUCUUUAAACAGUUCAUUGACAGCCGACUGGAGAUUCUGAACAACGGGAAGGAGCCAGAUGAUCUCUUUGAGGAGGAGAUCAUAAAAUGUGAAACAACUGCAGGGAGAAGCAAAUCGUAUCAACAGUUAGUUGGUAAUCUAAAGAAGGGUGGAGGAGCGCUCAUCCUGAACAUGAGGUCCAAAGCAAACAUAAGGGCCAAAGGUCUCACAAAGUCGGGGCUGAAAAACCUUCUGACUCACAAGACCCACAGUGACGACCACUCCCUGCAGAGAGGAGGAUCGAUGUCACACCGCCGUGCCAAAUCUGAGAGCUUGCAGAACCGCCUGCCGAUCACACAACACUUUGGGAUGUCACGUCCCCGUCGGCCUGUUCACAAACACAGGUCUCCCAGAGACGAGGAGAACCCAAAGGACUCAGAAGAUUCAUGGGACAGAGCCGUGUCUGAGUCCGUGGUCGAGCCUGACUCUGGGCUCCAGAAGGAUGAAGAGGAGGGCCAAGAUUCGCCGCUGUGUGACCCGGAGGAGAUGGAUCUGCUUGGGGAGAUCUUUGACACCCUCAGCUCCCGCAGCUACCACGAGCGUGGCAUUCUGUACGGCACACGCAGCCUGGAUCUGUUUGGAUCAGACAGUCAUGACUAUAUCACAAAGGUUGGUUUUACAGCCAACCCGAGCCAGGAGAGCCUGUCUCUGUCCAUCAGCGGCAGCGGCAGCCUGCACAGCUGGAACCUGGAAGUCGCAGAUGAGCCGUCAGACCUGAUGGAGGACUCUGAUUGGCUGAGCCAGGUCACCAGCGUACCAAAAGAGGAGGAAACAGAGAGUCUGCAGGCAGCAUGUGAAAUGAAGGAGCAGGAAAGCGGACGGGAACAGGAAGAAGUGAACACAGCAAAAACUGGAAACCAAGAAGGAGGACCAGGAAACAGGAAUGACUUCAAGGAAGUGGAGUUUAAGGAAGAGCCAAUGACAGAUAAGAGGGAGAGUUUAGGAGAGGACCCAGCGAAAGAAACAUCUGAAAAUCGUGAGGAUGGUUUAAAAGAAAAAAGUGAAGAUGAGCAAAAACAGAGUGAAAAGAUAUUUGAAAGAGAAGAAGUGGGAAAAGAAACGUCUGAAAAUCGUGAGGAUGGUUUAAAAGAAAAAAGUGAAGAUGAGCAAAAACAGAAUGAAAAGAUAUUUGAAAGAGAAGAAGUGGGAAAAGAAACGAUUGACAUGCAGAACGAUGGAACAAGAGAGGAAAAAGAAACAGAGAACCAAGAAAACAAACUGACAAAUCUGAACUCCCGCCCCCCCGACCCUGAACCUCCAGCAGCUCAAGACAUCAGGGGAGAAGAAGCCGUGAAGGAAGUCGAGCAGGAGAUGAGACCGACGCCCUCUCCUACGAGAAUCCUGUCUGCUGUGGAACGCUUCCAGUCUCAGGGGCACGCUCAGAUCUUCCAGCUGAAGUCAAGAGCCAAAGAGCUGAAUGAACCUGGGAGAGUUUGCAACAGGUUUCAGAACAAGGACAAUGCACAAACUCACCCGCCAUGUGACUCAAAGGUAUCCGAGGAGAAAGAUAGCUCAGAGGGGCACGAUGAGAAGGAGCUGCCGGCAACCAAGGUGUCUGAGCUCAAGAAGAGAUUUGAAGGUUAAAGGAUCAAACGGGAACAUUUAAAGGGAUUGUGUAAAGUGAGCAGGUUGUUAUCGCAGAACGGAACCUCGAAAGUAUUGAUUUGGAAAUGAUUUUAUUGAUUUUAAAAUGAUUUCUUCGGCCAAAAAAAAAAAAAGUGGUACAUUGGAAUCUACAGUUGGAGCUGCGUCCACGGCAACUGUAAACUCUGUAGCCUUCAUAAAAGGAGCUAAACUAGCUGUCAUUACUCAUUUCAACCGAUGGUGAAGUGACACAGUGAAAGGAUCAGCAUGCAGCACCUGGCUGAGUUUUUCUGCCUUGUCAUGUCUGUUGACAUUUUCUUUCAUUCAACAUCUUUAAACAUCCCUGCAUCUCAUACCACGCUCUGUUAUCUGUUUACUUCACGUGCAAUUUAA